CGUAAUUUUUUUUAUUGUAACUAGUUUCACUAUGUGGAUACCUCAUACAAUACCAAAGACAACUUUUCACUUGUUCAUUCCAUCGGAUGAAUUAGUUCCUUGUAGGCUGAGGCCAGACGAUGUCGAACAUGUUAUAAGCUCUGUGGACUUUAGCUGGGCAGAUUGUAUGCCGAAACCAUUAAAGUUACUUUGCUUGGAUAAUAUCGCCAACCAUUUUUCACGGUACCCCAAAGAGUUGUUCGAGUGGAUUACUCCUAUAAAUACAGAGUACCUCGUGGAAACACUUAGUACUAGUUUACCGAUAUCUUUAGUCAUUCACGUCCCAGGUGAUGAGUAUUGGCGUCGCCGGCAUGACGAAUCUUGGCCAAACUAUGUUAAAUCAAAACUGAACCCUGCAGUAGUUUCAGAUUCCGUAAAAAUUAUUUACAUAACCAAAUAUGUAUCGGAAAUAAUUGAAAACUUGGAACCUGGUUACGUCGAUGAAACUGAGCUUUCCGAGAUAUUGAUGGUUUGCAGCCCAUAUGUCACUGUAAUAGAUUGCAAACAGCUUCGUAUUCAGGGUUCGAUAGUACACACAUUGGCGAUCGAUGAACCUAAGGGUAUUUUACCCCACGAUCCAAUUCACAUAGAUAUGAGUUUUGUGUUGGGUAUUUUAAAAAACAUUCGGACCUUAAGCCUGGUUUAUGGUUCCAGGACAUUUACGGCAGAACCCCCGAUGUAUACUCCCGAACAGUACAGGUUCCAUAUUUAUGACAUGGACACGCUUGGUCGUGGCCUGGUAAAAUCAGUACACUUGACAAGCCUGACCAUUACUAAGAGUGAAUUAAAUAUGACAAAGUUCAACAGGCUAUUACCAUAUUUGAUGGAGUGCUAUGGUCUCGAAGAGAUCAACUUUUCAUUUUGUAAACUAAGUUCUCUUGGUGCUAAAUCGGUUGCACAUUUCCUAAAAACUGCGAAAAUGUUAAAGCUGGUGAACUUAUGCGGUAACAAUAUCGGCCCAGAAGGAGUUGAAUCAUUAUCGUUUGUAAUGUUAUGGAGGCGAAAAAAUAACUACCCGGCGAUUGAGUUAAAUUUAAAUAUGAACAAUAUAAAUGACAUUGGUGCCAAAUAUUUAGCAUCUGCUUUAGCAUCAGGAGUUCAACCUUUGACUAAACUUCGGAUUCGUAAUUGUACUAUAACCGAAAUCGGAGGCUUAAACAUUGCUCAGUCAUUAGCAUAUGAUUGUGGAUUACGUGCUCUAGAAAUAGAUAACAAUCCAUUAACAUCGGAAGUGGCUAUUGCGUUACACACAACGUUGAAAACGAAUUUGAAUAUCGAGUACAUUUCUAUUCAAAAUUGCAACUUCCCUCAGAGUAUCACAAAUUUCCUGAGCAGAGUAGCGUUUUAUAAUAGACAUGGGAAACGCUCUGAGCUUAUCUACACAGAUUUCGAGUACUUAUGUUAUGAUGAAGACGUAGAAGAGGAAAAUUAUUCACUAAAAGAAGGGACAAUGGAAUCAGAAACUAUGGAAAAUUACGCGAAGGAAGGAUUGAUGUAG